ACAUAGCGCAUCCCAACCUCUUCACCACGACGACGGAUACGUUGAACCCAUCACACACUACUCUCUAUCAAUCACUCAUCACAACAAUGUCGACUCAUCGCGCUGCCGUUCAUCCCGCUGCCAACAAGCCUUACGAGGUGAAGCAGGUGCCCACUCCUCAGCCCACCUCUUCCCAAGUCCUCAUCCAAAUUACCGCAUCCGCCAUCAACCCCGUCGACUGGAAGAUUGCCGACGGCGGUUUCCCUGCCAAGUUCCCUGCUAUUCUUGGAAGUGAUGCGGCUGGUAUUGUGUCCAAGGUAGGAGAUGGCGUCAAGUCCCUCUCGGUGGGCGACCGAGUCUUCUUCCAGGGUACGCUAGGCAGUAGCGAUGGUUGCACCUUUCAGGAGUAUGCCGUCAUGGAGGAGGCCCUCGUGAGCAAGACGCCCGACAAUAUGAACGACGGAGAGGGCAGUGGAGUUCAGCUGGCCAGCAUGGCUGCCCUGGUGGGUCUAUACGACAAGAGCGGUGGAUUCGAGGUCAAGCCGGCUCCUUGGGAUAAGGGAGGCAACGAAGCUGGAAAGGGCCAGGCUUUGGUCAUCCUGGGAGGAAGCUCGAGUGUAGGACAAUACGCCAUCCAAUUUGCCCGCCUCUCCGGCUUCAGCAAGAUCAUCACCACCUCAUCCUCCAGCCACACAGACCACCUCAAGGCUCUCGGCGCCACGGAUGUAGUGGACCGCUCCUCAACUGCACAAGAUUUCCUCAAGAUUGCUGGUGACCUACCUAUGAACGGUGUAUACGACGCCAUCGGUAGCGAGGAGACGCUCAAGCAGGGUACCUCAAUUUUGGAGCAGAGACACAAGGGGACAGACCAUGUAAGCCACUAUGUCAGUGUCAUUCCUCCUCGGGACGAGUUUGAGAACAAUGUCACGCGCAAGGCUAUUCUCGGCAUGGGCUCCUCACCGGCCCUCCACCAUGUGAGCCACCCCUUUGUCAAGGCCGUCUCGGGUAAUGAAGGCUGGGUGGGCAAGGGUCUCUUCAAGCCCAACCGCACACAGAAGGUGGAUGGAGGUCUAGAGAAGGGUCUGCAGAAGGCAUUGGACCUUAACAAGAAGGGUGUGAGCGGAGUCAAGGUCUGGUUUGACCCUAGAGAGUAAAUUAGCAGGAAAAGUAUCAAUUGUGUAAAAUAGAAGUGCCGACGCAUCCCCUCUCUUAUAAUACAAAUGCGGGCCCUCGAGCACUAGGCCUCGUCAAUCCACUUUG